AUAUGUCUUUUUUAUAAAACAAACUAAUUUGUUGAUGUUACAACUUUUUAUUAAAGACGUUAAUAAAGUGAAUUCAACUCGUUCUUUAGAUGAUCUGUCUACAAUGCUUUCUUUUAAAAAAAUUACAUUAACAGCUAAAACCUUCCUUCAAGAUACUGAGAAGGAAAAAACUCUUUUUUGUGAAACAAAUACAGAACCCGUUAACGAUUCAACAGUCAAUUGCAUAAAUGUGAACGAAAUUAAAAAUGAUGUGAUCACCGCCCAUGAUGUCCGCUUACAUCCAAUUUCAAAAUCAGGGCUCGAGUCGGAAGCGUUCAUGACGGACCCAAAUGAAAUUAAACCGAAGAAUACAAAAAAAAUACGUAAAAGUCGCGAAGAUUUUUUGAAAGAAGUGUGUAUGAAAAAUACGCAUCUCGUAUAUAAAUGCUUUGAUCCCUACCAUAAGGGAUAUAUUGAUAUAGACGAGGUAGUAAAUCAAUUUGAGGUGCUCAGUGCUUAUCACGAUUUUGAUUCAAUCUUGCACCGACUCAUUUCCAUUUUACAAGAUCUGAAAUGUGUUAUCUCAAAUGACGGCGUCAUAGAAAAAUGUGAUGCAAUAGCGAAUCUAUAUCAUUCUAUCAGUCGAUCAGGAAGAACAUGUCCCGUGUAUUCAUUAUUACAGACCCAUUCCCACAAACUUUCACAAGAAUUGAAAAAAUUAUAUGAUAAAGAACACACCAUGAAACCCUUUUAUGCACACAAACCUUCUGCAAUGAGUUCCAUAAAAUUAAAAAAAAUAAUUCCUUAUGCAUCCUAUGAAACACGGCAAAUUGAAUCGAAUUUACCUGUUGUAAAUCCGCUUUUUGACAAAUUGCCAAAUUCACGACAAGGUCGGGAACACUUCAUAAGUCAACCAUUUAACAUUUUCAGAAAAGAACCGCAUGUCUCACAUUCUAAAAACAAUAAAGAAAGUGAAUAUAAAAGGGGAAUAAAUAAAAAAAGUUCAAGUGACAGUGACACACACAUCAACCGUUUUAUGUAUCCUUUAGAUUUCUUGGAAGGGAAAACAAGCAAAACAAAGCGAAAAAAACAUCCGCAGUUUAAAUCGGAAAAAGGUUAUCGAAAUCAUAAACUCCAUCCAACCGCCUUCCGUUUCAAUGAUAGCUACUUAAGCACACACGGCGAACCUUUUAACUUAACUGAGGAUCAACGUUAUCUUCACCAAGAUUUUGUUGAUUCUUUAAGCUCAGACAAAACUAGAAAGACUAACAACAAACAUUCUAGUAAUGUCCCGCACUACGUUAUUCAUAAUGGUGAACCCGCUCGUAAACCAUACCCGAAAUGGGAAGACGAUUUACGUGUGUCUUGUUUUGAAAAUUUUUCAUACAAUUAUACUCACUUUAAAACUAGUGCGACAUGAUAAAAAAAAAUUUUAAUUAUUUAAAUUAUUACUGCAGUAACAUCUUUGUGUACUCCCAAGACUUAUUAUG